AUUAAAAUAUCUAAAAAAAAAAAAGCAGUGGGAGCAGUGGGAGCACACACAUCUUUCUGUCCCAAACAUGGAACCUAAUGACAACCAACUCACCUCCUUCUUCCACCACCACCAUCCCCACCACCACCAUCACCACCAGCCCCAACCACCGCCGCAGGCCGCCCCACCCACCACCGCCUCUCCCACCAACGGCCUCUUGCCCAACGCUGACGCCUCACACAUACUCUACCCUCACUCCGUCGCCUCGGCUGUCUCGUCCCAGCUCGAACCGGCCAAGAGGAAGCGGGGCCGCCCGAGGAAGUACGGCACGCCCGAGCAGGCUCUUGCUGCCAAGAAAGCUGCUACUGCUUCGUCUCAGUCGUUCUCCGGGGACAAGAAGCCCCACUCACCAACGUUCCCUUCUUCCUCAUCUUUCACUUCUAAGAAAUCCCAUUCCUUCGCUCUAGGCAAUGCAGGGCAAGGGUUCACUCCGCAUGUCAUUGCUGUUGCUGCUGGUGAGGAUGUUGGCCAGAAAAUUAUGUUAUUCAUGCAACAAAGUAGGCGUGAAAUGUGUAUUCUCUCUGCAUCUGGUUCCAUCUCUAAUGCCUCUCUUCGCCAGCCAGCAACCUCAGGAGGCAACAUUACAUAUGAGGGUCGAUUUGAGAUUAUUUCACUUACCGGAUCUUACGUCCGUAAUGAGAUUGGAACUCGAACUGGUGGUCUAAGUGUAUGUUUAUCUAACACUGAUGGACAAAUCAUAGGUGGUGGAGUUGGUGGGCCGCUUAAAGCAGCUGGUCCAGUUCAGGUCAUCGUUGGAACAUUUUUUAUUGACAACAAGAAGGAAUCUAGCCCAAAAGUUGAUGCCUCUGCAAGUAAGUUGCCACCACCACCUGUUAGUGAACCAGUAUCAAGUUUAGGUUUCCGCCAAUCCGUCGACUCUCCCAGUGGAAAUCCAAUCCGCGGAAAUGAUGAGCAUCAAGCCAUGGGGGGAAGUCAUUUCAUGAUUCAACAGCUUGGUUUGCAGGGGACGCCUCCCCGGUCCACAGACUGGGCUCGUCCGGAUUCAAGAAAUUCCAGUUUUGAGCUGACAGGUUUCCUAUCUGCAGGAAGGACAGGUCAUGGGUCGCACCAGUCUCCUGAGAAUGGGGGCUAUGAGCAAAUUCCCGAUUGAAAACUCGAUAUGGCUUUAGAUUUUGAUAAACCAAUGUGCGAUAGAUGUAUGAUAUCUAUACAUACCUGUCCUCUUUGUCGCGUGAUGCCGUUUAUAGUAUGCACCAUUCAUUAAAGCUCGUGGCUUCUGAAAAUUAGUACUAAUGCUUGUCCUUGAAAAUAUUGUUCUGCCUCAUUUACUGGUGUUGUAUGUAUAAAUCAGGUUGCUUACUUCAUUUUUGCAGGCCUGUUAGUUCAUACCGGGAUAAAUAUCAUAGAUAUAUGUUUCCUAGAUUAGCUAAUCUGUUGUGGAUUAUAUUUUCCUUUCAUUUUCAAGGUGCACUCUUAAGAUAUAUUCUUCCAAAUUCUGUCAAAGCUUACAUGAUUAUUAUAUUAUGCUUCUUCAUUUAGUAA